AUGGCCCAUUACCAGGCCUUUUCUGAGGUCCAUAUAGAGGCUGACCUGGACCAAGAAUUGGCCUUCACGAUUACCCUAGAGCUGAUAGACGACAAUUUGGCGGGUGCGGAGAAGGAAAUGAUGAUGCGUGUAUUUCCGUUCCAUGACGUAGAGCUUCUGAAGCGGAUGCUCCUGAAGCGAUUAAAGAACUUAGCUCUUUUAAAGAUAUCUGACCUUCAAUUCUACCAUAACGGUGUCGAAUUAAAGAAUCGCCGAUUAUUGAUAACAUUCGCUAAUCUAGAAAAGCCUGUGUUCCAAUGGAAGGUCAAAGAAAAGCUCGGCAAACAUCUCGUCAUCAGAGGCAUCCGACAACUGGGUGGGAUGAAACUUCCAUCACGCCAUAUCAACUGGCUACAACAAAUCAAUGCUUGCCUCCAAGCACAAGUGAACCCUAAACUUACAGACGAAGGAACCGGCAGUACAUACAUACUCUGUAACCAAAUCAACAAGCCAAUUGGGGUCUUCAAACCCACUAACGAAGAAGCGUUCACGCCGUUCAAUCCACGAGGAUACAUUGGAAAAAUGGGUCAAAAAGGAUUCAGAGAAGGAGUCGUUUCGGGGGAAGGCUCCGCUAGAGAAGUUGCCGCUUAUCUAUUGGAUGCAUACUACGGCUCACUAUCCAAUGUUCCGGUGACGAUAAUGGCAGAGGCAAUUCAUCCCCAUUUUUGUUAUGACCCUAACAACCCUCGGAAGACGCGUGGCGAUGAUUUGGCGUUGAAUGGUUUAUUUCGACGAAAGAAGAGAGUGGAGAAUAGUGAGCCGGGUAUUGAGUUGGUUCAAUGGAAGUCGGGUAGUUUGCAGCAAUUUGUGAAUGCGCGAGAAACGUGUGGUGAUUAUGAUCCGAGUGUGUUUUCAGUAGCGGAUGUUCACAAAAUAGCAAUUUUAGAUAUUCGAUUAUGUAACAUGGAUCGGAAUGACGGCAAUAUUCUGGUGGUGAGACAGGACCAGUUAUUGUUGGAUGGAAAAUUGGCUGACUCAUUUGUAACUGCAUUUCUACAACAGCAUGCACAGUAUCAGAGAACACAUUUGUUAACACCUGAAGGAAAGCAGACCAAGUAUAGACUGAUCCCUAUUGACCACGGUCUUACAUUGCCGGAUUGUUUCGAUAUCACUGAUCUCGAUUUGGCAUGGAUAAAUUGGCCUCAAUCACAUAUUGGUUUCUCUCCGGAUGAGUUGGAGUAUAUUGAACGAUUGCGCCCGGAUAAAGAUGCCGAAUGGGUAGCCGGUAAGCUGGAUAUCCGACCGGAGUGCCUUAGGACCAUGCAGGUGUCUACACGCUUACUCAAGCGGGCAGCCAAACUUGGGAUGACUUUACACCAAAUUGCGCUGCUCAUGGUCCGAUUAUCACCUAAUCAACCAUCACCUCUCGAAAAGCUUGUCAAACUCGCCCUCUCCCAGGCCUGGUACGCAUGCUACGCCAGCCACCUGGUCCAUAAACGUGCCAGUGAAAUGUCUUGCGUCAUGGACCUCGCCACCCCCACAGCCAUCCCACACGACACUGAAACAUCCCUCGGCAGCGGACGCCACCAAAAAUUGCUGCAACUCAAUGAAGACGUACUCCACAGACACACCAGCGUUGACGACUCCAUAGGGUCCUCCUCCGCUAAACGACCCCGGUCCAAAACCGUCGUGCGAAACUCCCGCUCAACCACCGCAGAAGAAACACUUCAAAAAACUGCCAACAGACUCCGGAACUUCACCAGCCUCAGAGCACGCGUGGAUCAGGACAACAUGAACUACUUGUGGACUAUAGAAGACGUUGGAGGACGGAUCAUAUACCCCGACUGGGACGAUCCGACUUUCCUAAAGUAA